AUGGUAGUGGGCCAUAAAGACACAUCCUCCUUUCCCGACCUCCUCGACGUGAUCAUCGUUGGUGCUGGGCCUUGUGGCCUCGCCGUCGCCGCUCGAAUGAACGAAGACACCCCGUCCGCCAUGUUUACCGACGAGGAACAUCAACGAUACCACUGGAUCAACAAACACCGUGGACGCAUGGCCCUAGUGCAGGCUCACCAUCACAAGAUGAACGGCGUCAAGGCAGAUAAGUGGAGGGGACUCAACGCAAGACGACCUAGUCAUCAGUCCUCAUCAAGCGUGUCCAUAUCUGAAAUGUCCUCUUCUCCUUCUCCUCCUCCUCCUUCUUCUUCUCCACUGCCGUCAUUGGCUUCGUCCGUCUCGUCGUCGCCCUCUGAGACUGAAAUUCCCGACCAGAGGAUGAAGCCCGACCAGAGGAAGAAGACAGGGGGUGGAUUGUCCACUCUGGUCCUCGAUAGUACUGGUGAAAAGUGGAUGGAGCGAUGGAAUCGAGCAUUUCGGACGCUGGAGAUAGAGCAACUCCGAAGUCCCAUCGAUCGGGACGGGAUGCUGGCGUAUACGCAGGAAACCGGUCGAGAAAAAGACCUCUGGGAAAUCUCCGGCUGUGUUGGGAAGGAAUUAAGCAAGCAUAAGAAAAAGAAGAAAAUGCGGACUAGAGCACAGGUCAUCGGAUACACGGAGAUUGAUGAACGAGAUCGCAAAGAUUACUUCUCUCCCUCGACGGAUCUCUUUGCCGACUAUUGUUCCAGUAUCAUCUCUCAAUAUCGACUCGAUCUCCCGGGUAUGAUCUCGCAACGUGAAGUGGUGGAUAUCCAAUACAGUGUCCAUGCCGAGAUCUCUCCAUCUGAUAAGAUCUUCGCGGUGACCGCAGCCGAUGGAACGCGAUUCUAUAGCCGGUCCGUAGUGCUGGCAAUUGGACCGGGGACAACGAAGAUCUAUCCGUUCAAGCUGACGAGGGAGGAGGAGCAGGGAGCAUGUCACAGCACCGAGAUUCGGUCAUUCCCGAGUCCAAACGUGAAGAGGAAAAUCCAGCAGCGAGAGGAGACGAACCUGGUGGUGGUAGGGGGAGGAUUAUCCUCUGCGCAAGUAGCGGACAUGGCCAUUCGCAGAGGAGUGAGCAAAGUCUGGCUCCUCAUGCGGUCUGAUUUCAAGAUUAAACACUUCGACCUCGGACUAUCCUGGAUGGGCAAGUUCAAAAACUACGAAAAGGCUGCGUUCUGGUCCGCCGACACGGACGACGAGCGUCUGGAUAUGAUCCGGGAGGCUCGCAACGGCGGCAGCAUCACACCGCGAUACACGAAGAUCCUGAAGCAGCAUAUGGCGCACCAGCGAGUCUCGAUCCAUACACGCACGGUGAUCUGCGACAGAGAUUAUUGCACUGCCUCGCAGACUUGGCGUCUCAGCACCGAUCCCCCGAUUCCCGACCUCCCUCGCAUCGACUAUAUCUACUUUGCCACGGGCAUGAAACUGGAUGUCAACGAGCUUCCACUCCUGCAGUGGAUGCACCGCGAGUACCCGAUUGAGACAAAACAGGGACUUCCCUGUAUCACGGACGACCUGAUGUGGCAGCCCGAGGUGCCUCUGUUCCUAACGGGACGCCUGGCUGCGCUCCGUCUGGGACCUGGAGCCCCGAAUUUGGAGGGGGCGAGACUGGGGGCGGAGAGAGUGGCGUGGGGGAUGGAAGAAGUGCUAGGACGGAGCGAUUCCGAGGAGGAUCUGAAAGUACAACGCUCGCAGGAAUGUUUCUGUGGGUUGGGGAAUCGAUAUGCAGAGCUGGAGGAGGUGAACUGGUAG